AUGGUCAUACCUACACAAAUUGAUAUAGAGACAUUGCCUGACCAUGAUCCUGAGAGAUUUAAAAACUUUUAUGAAAUAGAGAUUGAUGGAUAACCUGCAUUUCAAUUACAAGAUGGAACAACCUUCCUUUUAGAUUUCAAUAAUGGGUAUAUAAAUCUCAUCCUAUAAUUAGUUGGGUUGAUGAAAAGAAUUGUUAUUAUAAUAGUUUGGCUGAACCUUUAGGAUGGUUUGUGAAAUUUUCAGAUGGCCAAACUUUCUUUUACAACUUUGAUGGAUUUUUUGUUCCUUACAAAAGAGAUCCAUCGAAGUUGCCAAAACACAAACAGAAAGUUAGUCUAACCUAAUUGGAUAAGGAUUACAACUUUCUUGAUUAGGAUGGAUGCUAUUAUGAUAAAUCUGGUGAACCGUUGGGAUGGAAAUUGUAAUGUGAAGAUGGUGAAGUAUUUAUACCUUUAAAUUACUAGCUUUAUUUCUUUGAUUUGAAUGGAGAUUAUAUUCAUAUUGAUGAUUAAGUUAAUGAUCUAAAUGAUCUAAAUGAUCUAAUUUAAUUUGAUUUAGGUGACUUCAAAUACGAUUUUAAAUAAAAUGUACAAUAUAUUAAAGAAUCACAAAAACCAUAUCCUAAAGAAGAGCCUAAAUAAAUCAAUAAAACCUAACCCUAAAUUUUAUAAUAAAAGUAAAUCCCAAAGCAAUAAUAAAAACCUAAGCUUCCACAGAAGCCUUAAAUAAAUUAGUAAAAUCAAUAAGCAUAAAUAAAUCAAAAAGCAUAAAUGAAUCAAAAAGCAUAAAUAAAUCAAAAAGCUAUUUAUCAUUAUGAACUUCCUGAUGCAACAGAGGAGACUAAGAAAUUGUUUCUUAAUCUUAUUAAAUCAAAAUUAGAGAAUCCUGAAUUUACGAAAAAUGAGUGCUUAUAUACCGUGAAAGCUGAAUAAGGAAACAAAUAAUUGGAAUAGGAUUUACAAUUAGAGAAUGGAAAGUGUGUUAAAUUUAAAAAAUGA